AAAACGGCCGCCUUCUAACUCGUAUAUCAGGCUUCUUCAGGUCCGUCUCUUUUCUAAAAAGCCUCAAAUUUCCCUUCACUUCCUCUCUCUCGUCUCGAAUCUAGGGUUUCAUUCUCCGAUCCUCCCCUUGUCGCCAUGGACGCGAUUGAAUCCGUCGUCGAUCCCCUCCGCGAUUUCGCGAAGGACAGCGUUCGCCUCGUCAAGAGAUGCCACAAGCCAGAUCGCAAGGAGUUCACGAAAGUGGCGUUUCGGACCGCGAUCGGAUUCGUUGUUAUGGGAUUCGUUGGGUUCUUCGUCAAGCUCAUCUUCAUCCCCAUCAACAACAUCAUCGUCGGAUCUGGUUGAGGGACAUGGAGGACACGGAAAUUCGGAAAUUGAGACUCUCCUCUACAAUCGAAAUCAGUAAUCCACACAAUGGGUUAUCUGUGAUAAAUGUUUAAUUUCUGUAGUUUCUACUUUCUUCCUCUUUUCUUCAGUGGUAGCUUUAUGUCAGCAAUGCUUGUAAUCGUCUUAAACAUUAGAUGGUUUUAUCUGUAGCCUCAGUUAGAUUCUCUCCAGUUUUCUCCUCUUUCUCCCUCUUUUUUUUAAAAAAAAUUAAAUCCCAGAAUGCUUGUAAACUUCUUAAGCAUCUAUGAAUUAUACCGCGAUCAUAUUCGAGGAGGAA